AUGGCAGAAAACCUAGAUAUUGUCCGAAGCAGACUGAACCGCCCCUUAACGUACGCUGAGAAGAUCAUGUACUCUCACCUUGACGAUCCUCAUGAACAAGAUAUCCACCGCGGAAAAUCAUAUCUCAAGUUGCGGCCAGACCGUGUGGCUUGUCAAGACGCCACUGCCCAGAUGGCCAUUCUUCAGUUUAUGUCCGCUGGAAUGCCCUCUGUUGCUACUCCUGCCAGUGUCCACUGCGACCACUUGAUCGAGGCUCAGGUUGGUGGCGAGAAAGAUCUUGCCAGAGCUAACGAGAUCAACAAGGAAGUAUACGACUUUCUCUCCACAUCCUGCGCUAAAUAUAACAUUGGAUUCUGGAAACCCGGUUCCGGUAUUAUCCAUCAGAUUCUCCUCGAAAACUAUGCUUUCCCCGGAGGUCUAAUGAUUGGAACUGACUCCCAUACCCCCAACGGUGGUGGUCUUGGUAUGGCUGCGAUUGGUGUUGGCGGUGCUGACGCCGUCGACGUCAUGGCUGGUCUCCCCUGGGAAUUGAAAGCUCCCAAAGUCAUUGGUGUGAGACUCACGGGUAAAUUGUCGGGAUGGACCUCUCCCAAGGAUAUCAUCUUGAAGGUCGCUGGAAUCCUCACUGUCAAGGGUGGUACUGGUGCUAUUAUCGAGUACCACGGACCUGGUGUCAACUCUCUCUCUUGCACUGGUAUGGGCACCAUCUGUAACAUGGGUGCUGAAAUCGGCGCUACCACUUCCGUCUUCCCCUUCAACGACCGCAUGUACGACUACCUCAAGGCCACCAAACGCCAGGCCAUUGGUGACUUUGCCAGAUCUUAUGCCCACAGCCUCCGCGAGGACGAAGGCGCUGAAUACGAUCAAUUGAUCGAGAUCAACUUGUCUGAACUUGAACCCCAUAUCAACGGCCCAUUCACCCCCGAUUUGGCAACCCCCAUCUCCAAGUUCAAGGAUGCUGUCAAGGAAAACGGCUGGCCAGAGGAACUGAAGGUCGGCUUGAUUGGUUCUUGCACCAACUCCUCCUAUGAGGACAUGUCCCGAGCCGCUUCUAUCGCCCGGGAUGCUCUGGACCACGGCAUCAAGGCCAAGUCUCUCUUCACCGUUACCCCUGGUUCUGAGCAGAUCCGCGCAACCAUUGAGCGGGAUGGUCAGCUUAAGACCCUUGAGGAAUUCGGCGGUGUCAUCCUUGCCAAUGCUUGCGGUCCUUGCAUUGGACAGUGGGAUCGUCGGGAUGUGAAGAAGGGCGAGGCUAACUCCAUCGUCUCUUCCUACAACCGAAACUUCACUGGACGUAACGAUGCCAACCCUGCUACCCACGCCUUCGUCACCUCUCCUGAUCUCGUUGUCGCAAUGACUAUCGCCGGAACCCUGAACUUCAACCCCUUGACCGACACCCUCAAAGACAAGGAUGGCAAGGAGUUCAAGCUCAAGGAGCCGACUGGUGCUGGACUUCCGGCCAACGGAUAUGACCCAGGCCGUGACACCUACCAGGCCCCACCAAAGGACCGAUCUUCCAUUUCCGUUGCUGUCUCCCCCACUAGUGACCGUCUCCAGAUCCUUAAGGCUUUUCAGCCAUGGGAUGGAAAGGAUGCUCUCGGGAUCCCAAUCUUGAUCAAGGCUCAAGGCAAAACCACCACUGAUCACAUCUCCAUGGCUGGGCCCUGGUUGAAAUACCGUGGCCACCUCGACAACAUCUCCAACAACAUGUUGAUUGGUGCCAUUAACGCUGAGAACGGCGAGGCCAACAAGGUCAAGAACUUCAAGACCGGCGAAUAUGGCCCGGUACCCGCAACAGCCCGUGAUUACAAGGCCAGAGGAAUCAAGUGGGUCGUCAUUGGUGACUGGAACUACGGCGAAGGAAGCUCCCGAGAACACGCUGCCCUCGAGCCCAGACAUCUUGGCGGUCUCGCCAUUAUCACCCGAAGCUUUGCCCGUAUCCACGAAACCAACUUGAAGAAGCAGGGUAUGCUUCCUCUUACCUUCACUGACCCAGCCGACUACGACCGCAUCCGGCCCGAUGACACCGUUGACCUGAUGUGCACCGAGCUCGCCGUUGGCAAGCCCAUCACCCUCCGCGUCCACCCCAAGAACGGCAAGUCAUUCGAUAUCUCCCUCUCCCACACCUUCAACGAGCCACAGCUCCAGUGGUUCAAGGAUGGAAGCGCCCUGAACACCAUGGCCAAGCAACGUGCGUCUUAG